AAUGCUGGCUUGCCUGCUGCUCACCUCCUGCUGUGAGACCCAGUUCCUAACAGGUCAUGGACCAUGCCGGUCCAUGGCUCAGGGGUUGGGAACCCUUGCCCUAGAGCCUUUGGAGGGAGUACAACCCUCCUGACACCUUUAUUUUGGAUUUCUGGCUUCUAGAACUGUGAGAGAACAUGUUUUGAGCUGCUAAUUAGGAAACUAAUACAUACCCCAUGCUUAUUUCUCACUUACCCAUUCUGUAACAUGGAUAUAGUAAUACCUCUCUCAGAAGCUUAGCACCAGGACUAAAUGAGGUAUGUUUGUAUGGUACUUAGCACAUAGUAGAUGUUCAAAAAUAGUGAUGGCUGUUCCUCUUCUCUAAGGACUAAGGGUUUUCUUCUUGAAUAAGAACUCAACAAGAGAGUGGGGAUUAUCUGCGAUUGAUUGCUUGGUGAGUCAAAGCUCACACCAUGGAUUUAACUUGAGAGCUUCAAUUUCUGCUUUGGCCCUGAAGCUCCCAUUCCUUGGUGUCUUCUAGCAGUUCUUAAGGUUUUAUAUCAAGAGAGGGUUCAGCUUUCUCCCAUGAGCCGGGGGAAGAAGUCAAAGUAGAGCUCACAUACCAAAUUUGAAGGGAAACACUCAGAAAAAACUUCCAAGUGCACAGCAGAAAUCACCCUUUUGGUCCCCGCCAAAGAGAAAGGCUUUGGGUUCUAAAUUUCUAGUUCCAUUAAGGGACUCUGGGACUAGACAUUUUUGAAAAUUAACGACCUGUACUGAGUAAUCCUCCUAACACACUGAUCGUCAAAAAAUUCCCUGUUAUGAGUUUAGGCUUUCUCUGAAUGCCUUCAUGGGAGUGUGCGGCAGGAAGACUACACUGGAGUGCUGAGGACACUUGAUCGUGCGGCGUGCAGGGGGAGCCGCCGCUGCCUCUCCGCAGGAUGACUGGCACUGUGCUUGGAGUCGGUGCGGGCGUCUUCAUCUUAGCCCUGCUCUGGGUGUCAGUGCUGCUGCUGUGUGUGCUGCUGUCCAGAGCCUCCGGGGCAGCUAGGUUCUCUGUCAUUUUUUUAUUCUUUGGUGCUGUGAUCAUCACAUCAGUUCUGUUGCUUUUCCCGCGAGCUGAUGAGUUCCCAGCCCCAGAGGUGGAAGUUAAGAUUGUGGAUGACUUUUUCAUUGGCCGCUAUGUCCUGCUGGCUUUCCUUAGCGCCAUCUUCCUUGGAGGCCUCUUCUUGGUUUUAAUCCAUCAUAUUCUGGAGCCCAUCUAUGCCAAACCACUGCGCUCCUACUGAACACUCUUCAGGAAAAUGAAAACCUGUUCUCUUCUUCAUUGUGAUGACACUGAUGAGCAGAAAGUCACUAUUCAGAGCCUUUGUUUUGACAGCCCUCACGCCUUAAGAUUAGAGGAGUAUCCGUCCAUCACUAAGACAAAUCUCUUGAGUCCUGGCUUCCAGAAACAGAAUUGCCAAAUUGUCUCGGUGGGGCUAGAUUCUCACCAGCUUACGAAGGAUAUUGCUAUCAUUUUAGUACCUGUACCUUAGGAUUUCCGACUGUUUUGAAAGGGAAAUAGUAAUGAUGAUCUGCUUAGAGUGGAUUUCUAGCCAAGUCCUUAGUAAGUGGAUUUUGGGGAAAAGACCACAUUGGCUUCUGGUUCUUUUUGAUAAUAUAUAAAAUUCUUCAUUAUGAGGUUGCAGUCAUUUGCAAAGGAGAGGCACUCAAAUUCAAAAGGUUAUUUUAAUGCGAUAAUUUGGAAGACUUGCUCAAAUGUUGGUCAUUGACCACUCUGUGCAUAUAUUUCUGCAGAGCUCUAUAAAGGCAAUGAGUAUCACUUCCCUCUGCUCUAAUAAAGAAUAAACAAUAGCUGAAAGGCUGACUUUCACUUUGAACUUUUGGCCACAGCUUUUUGAAUCAAGUAUCUUUAGGUUUCCUUGGGAUUAGAGGAAAGGUAUGGAAAUAUCUUUUUCUUUUGUUUGUUUUUUUGUCUUGCUGUGUAUCUGCAGGGUUUUUUUCUUUCAUGAUGUGGUGGGCUCUGUGUGCCUUAUUUAAUUACCAUGAGUUCAUUUUUGGGGGUCUUCUCUUUUCAUCUUUAUAGCCCUUUCUCCAAAGCUAGUGAGGAAGGUAUAUUCUCAACAUUAGAUGUAACUCUAUACCUGUCUGAUCUCCCAGACCAUGUGAAAUUUGCAUUAAAUGGAGGGGCUCUGGUUAGGUUCCACUGGAAAUCUGAUCCUGACUCUCUAGAGCCAUUUGAAAAAGAGUCUUCUGUCUUAAAAUUAAGAACCAAGAAAACAAGCUGGAAAGAGAACACUGAUGGAGUACAUGCUCUAAGCUAGUAGCACACUAAUUUCUUUGGCGUUUAGUUUAUUUAAUUUUUACAACAGUCUCAUAUUUAUCAUCCCCACUUUAAAGUAGAAAAAAACUGAAGCUUCAAGAGAUUGACUUGCCCAAGCUUCACCUAACAGCCAGUUCGCAAACCCAGGUGUGGCAGCCCCCAGGGCUUGCCUCGGAAAGAAAAUACACUAGGCUUAGUGGAACUCUGAUUGACAGCCUGAGGUAAGUGAAGGCCCCUGCUCCUUCACUUUCUCUCCUCGAUCCUGUUUUCCCGGUAGAGAAGGUACCCAGUCCUGCCACCCCAGAGGCAACUAAGCUCUAAAUUCCAAGAGGAGAGAACAGGUAAUCAUUGACAGUCAUGGGCUGGUGAGGGCCAGGUAUAGUUAGCCCUACAUUGAACAGUCUCCUUUAUCUUAUUUUGGAAAAACUUCGCCGAUAAGGCUUUAUACAGAAAGCUUCAAAGGAAAUAGUUUCCUAAUCUGGCCUAGGGCACACAGGGAAGAAAAGAAGAAACAUCUUCUAAACAGAUUGAGGGAAAGAAAAAAGAAUGCAUGCAUCUUAAGGGAAGUGAGACAAGUUGGGGCCCUCAUGGUAUUGUGCUUCUCCGUGAGUCUCUAUCCAGCCCAAGUGGAAGCUUGGCUCCUAACAAACCCAGGGUGCCAGUUGUUACCCUAUUCUGAGAGCCUUGCUGAGACAGUAACUCUGGGAAAACUAUUAUGGGUUCCUGACCAUGAAUCCAUCUUUUUUAUUCCCCGCAAAGAUUACUCAACUAUUCGAUCAAUGCGUAAUAACUGUGAGAUUUUGGGUGACUAUUUAGAUGGGGGAAAGUGUAUUAAGGUUGGAAACUAAAUUAUAUCCUUAAUACUACUGUUUUCUAAUGUUUUUUUUUGUUUUUUGGCAUGAUGUAAAUGACAGGCUUAUAUGUUAAGGACUGGCUUUAGGCAAAAAAAUAUACUUUGUGCAAAGUUUAUUUCAGCUUGACCUACUGUCUACAGACCCAGAGUCUAUAAUUACCAGCUGUGGUGAAAUGAAUGAUAGAUUUCUUUCUACCUUCAUACUCAAAGCAGUUAUGUUAAAAAAAAAAAAAAACAAAAAAAACCCUGAGGGGUUGGG